CGUCAUCUGCAAUCUCUCCCACAUCCAAACCGCCACUGCUAGAGCUAGCUAGUGUUGCACACAGUUCAUCAAUAUGGCUCUGAAAAAUAGCGCUUUCUUCCUCCUUGGUCUGCUUCUCUACUGUGUCACCAUGAGCGGCGCGGUGAGAAUCUUGGAAGAGACUGCUCCCACCAAGGGUGAGGAGCACAAGCCUGAGCUGUCACCACUGCCCAAGGUGGAGCUGCCGCCAUUCCCCGAGGUGCACUUGCCACCUAAGCCCGAGCUGCCCAAGGUGGAGCUGCCGCCAUUCCCCGAGGUGCACUUGCCACCUAAGCCCGAGCUGCCCAAGGUGGAGCUGCCAACGUUCCCGGAGGUGCACCUGCCACCCAAGACGGAGAUGCCCAAAGUCGAGCUGCCACCUAAGCCAGAGCUGCCCAAGGUGGAGUUGCCAACGUUCCCGGAGGUGCACCUGCCACCCAAGCCCGAGCUGCCAACAUUCCCGGCGGUGCACCUUCCAUCUAAGCCCGAGCUUCCCAAGGUUGAACUCCCAACCUUCCCGGAGGUGCACCUGCCACCCAAGCCUGAGCUGCCCAAAGUGGAGCUGCCGCCAAAGCCAGAGUUGCCCACCCUUCCCGAGUUCCACUUCCCAGAGCCGGAGGCUAAACCAUGAGGAAUGGAGAACUGUCUUCUCAGUAUUGUUGCCUUGCGUCUUCUGAUUGCUCGUGCAUGUACCUGUUGUUGUGUUGCUUCGCUGAUGUGUUCGUUUAGUCGUGGUAUUUGGCUAGUCUUGUGAGUGAUGUGCUUAUAUAUUUGGCAUAUAUACGAGAACUGUUUCGUUCUCACUAUUAUCUUUCUUGUUUGUAAGAAUACUUUGAAAAUAUGCAUGCUAUACCCUCAAUGUACAGUUGUAAUUUUCUCCA